AUGAUAACUAGACUUUUUAAGUUGUUCCAAGCACAUAUGAAAAAUCCAAUAAAGAAACCAAUAAUUAGUAUUGUUGGUACCACAGGUGUCGGCAAGUCACAAUUUAGUAUCGAGUUGGCCAAAAAAAUCAAUGGUGAAAUUAUCAAUGCUGAUUCUAUGCAAGUCUAUAAAGGAGUUGACAUCAUCACCAACAAGCACCCUCUAAAAGAGCGCGAUGGGAUUGUCCAUCAUGUUAUAGAUCACGUUGGCUGGGGCGAGGAGUAUUUCAUCCAUAGAUUCAAUAAGGAAGCUAACAAAGCAAUUGAAGACAUACAUGCUCGUGGUAAAAUUCCAAUCAUAGUUGGUGGAACACAUUACUACCUUCAAACAUUACUUUUUAACAAUAAAACUCUAGAGAACGAGAAAGAAAGGGAAUUGACCGAUGGCGAAAUCAAAUUGUUGGAUGGCCCUACUGAUCGCCUAUUUGAAGAGUUGAGAAAAAUUGACCCACUUGUCGCAGAGAAAUUCCAUCCUCAAGAUCAUAGAAAGCUCCGAAGAGCAGUUGAGAUUUGGUACACAACGGGCCAAAAACCUUCAGAUUUGUACAUUGAACAAAAGUUGGAUGAAUUGGAGCAAAGUUCGUUAAAGUACAAUACUUUAGUAUUUUGGUUAUACUCAGAACCUAAAGUACUACAGGAUCGUCUAGAUAAAAGAGUCGAUAAAAUGAUGGAAAUUGGAGCUAAGGAAGAGAUUGACGAGUUGUACAAAUUCUACUCGGAGAAUAAUGGUGAUUGCACUAGUGGAAUUUUUCAAGUUAUAGGUUUCAAAGAGUUUUUGCCGUGGAUGGAGAACAAGAAGCAAGAUCAAGCCAAUUUCACACAUGGCCUUGAACGAAUGAAGAUACGAACUAGACAAUAUGCCAAGUAUCAAGUUAAAUGGAUUCAAAAAACCUUGCAUUUAGAGCUUCAGAAAGAAUCCAAAUUUGAUUAUGUUAAUGGAGGUAGAUUAUAUAUUCUAGACGCAACAGACUUAUCUCAUUGGGAUGAGAAUGUGCGUGCGCGUGGUUUGGCUGUGGUUGAGCAGUUUUUUCAACAGAACAUGACAAUACUGGAGGCUCCCGACAACCUAACUCAUCUCCUAAUUGAGAAGUCAAACUUGAAAAGCAACAAAAGCAUCGGCUCAGAGAAGAGAUGGAAGCAUUACAAAUGUGAUAUUUGUAAAGAUAAGAAUGGAGUGUCAUUUAUUGCAGUUGGAGAAUACAGUUGGUCUCUCCACUUGAACAGUCGAAGGCAUAAGAAAAAUACAAAUGCUAGUAGUAAAAGGAAGCACGUAGAGGAGAUGAUACGAUUGCAUAGGAAAUAA